AAAACCGAUGAUAUACUUAAAACAAACGAUGAAGAAGUCGCUAUUCGACAAAAGGGUCAAAUAACAAAGAUUAUUUUGGCUAUAAGUGACCUGAAACAACUAAUCGAAGAAAAGAAAUUUAUCGAAGGCGACUCCGAAGAGAAUGUCGCAGCAUGGGGGGAAUCAAUCGAGGAAAAUAUAGCUUUGGCCGACGAGAAA